AUGGCCCUGAAUCGCAAAUACGCUGCGCUGCCAGAUUUGGACUCGGCCCCCGAUGUGUACGAGACUCCGGAGCUGACCGACGACACUUCAACAGUUCCUACGACCGCCGGGCAAUCGCACUCAGACGACGACUUCGACGACGAUCUAGACGAGGAUGCCAACGGGAUCUCACGAUCCCGACUGCGGGUAGACCAAGCACGUUCUCGUUUCCUGCCCGCGGGAGUGGACGCCACAGGGGUGGACUUUUCGGAUCGAGUUGACGGCAAGCGCAAGUCUUACAAGGCCUCGACGAGACGCCAACGUAUUCUUCAAGAUGGUACAACAGAAAUCGGUGAACUGAGUGACGAGGAUGGCGAGGACAAUCUCGAACGGAAGAUCGCGCGCCUGCAACGGGAAGUUGAGGUGGCCAAAGAAGAGUACGGAAAGAGAAAGGAAGCUUCAGUACAGCCCGCUCAUGGGGAACAAGAAGAAAGUCUGGGGUCUCUGAGCAAGGUUCUGGACGAGAUGUCUAGAACCAUCGAACCGCACACCUCGAGCCCUCGUGCUGUGAAACCGAUAUCUCAACUGCCUAAGCAGGCCCAGGAAGGCUCAGACUAUGCUCUGCCACAAGAAAGCGCUGCGACCUACACCAUCACCUAUGCUCCUGCAUACGAACAAAGCCACGCUCUUGCCAAGGCAGCGGAUUUCGAUAGGCGACUUGUCAUUCUGGAGAAGGCCAUCGGGGUUGGCUCCACAGCGUUGCCCGAGGUCGAUGUCAACGGGCUGCCGAGAGCCAUCCUCCCAACUCUCGAUGGUCUUCAGAAGCAAAUCACAACCCUGUCGCAGGCUUCGACGUCCAACUUGGAUACGAUCAGCCGUCGGGUCCGGACCUUGAUUCAGGAGGCUCAAGAGUUGGAAAAGGCGAGGCAAGGAGCCAAGUCGGCACAGGAAACGCUUGGGAACGGUGCAGCGGACGGCGAGGGUGCUCAGCCUCCAGAGCAGCUGGCCAAGAUCAACGCCCUCUACGGAACUCUGCCCACAAUUGAGAAUUUGGCCCCCUUGCUGCCACCGUUGCUGGACCGCCUGAGAUCUCUUCGGGCAAUCCACUCCGACGCCGCGAGUGCCAGCGAGAUGCUGGAGAGAAUCGAGAAGCGACAAAUAGACAUGGCGACCGACCUCAGACAGUGGAAGGAAGGCUUGGAAAAGAUUGAGGAAGCGAUGGCGGAGGGCAACAACUCGAUGGCGGGCAAUAUGAAGGUCAUGGAAGCCUGGGUCAAGGACUUGGAGGAGCGCAUUGCGAAGUUGCCGUAA